GUCGAAUUCGAAACACCGAGACCGCACUGCACGGCUGGGGAGUCCAAGCACCUAUCUCACCUUCACUGAAUCCCCCUCGUUUGUUUUUCAAUUCGCACUCUAACAAAGGAGACGGCUAUUUGUAUUAUUUCUCUGCUUCUUUCUUUCAAAUUCGUCGCUUGCGCCCAGUCGAUUUAAAAGAAGACAGACAGACUAGAAAGAACCUGGAACACCCGCCAAACUAGAAACCUAAAAAACAUGCUCAGGGCAACUGCACAGCGCACACUUUUGCAGCACACGCGUCGCACAGCGGGUGCCCGUGGGUUCCGCACCACGGCUGCUUCGCGCAAGGAAAUUGAGAUGUUCAUCGAUGGCAAGGCGGUUCAGAUCGAGGAGGGCUCUGCUAUCAUUCAGGCUGCCGAGAAGGCUGGCGUGACGAUCCCGCGCUUCUGCUACCACGAGCGGCUGGGCAUUGCCGGCAACUGCCGCAUGUGCUUGGUCGAGAUCGAGAAGUCGCCGAAGAUGGCAGCGUCGUGUGCGAUGCCGGUGGCUCCGGGCAUGAGUGUGCUGACGGACACUCCCAAGAUCAAGCAGGCGCGCGAGGGCGUUAUGGAGUUCCUGCUGGCCAACCAUCCGCUGGACUGCCCCGUUUGCGACCAGGGAGGCGAGUGCGACUUGCAGGACCAGUCGAUGCGGUACGGUAUGGACCGCGGACGGUUCCACGAGAACAAGCGCGCUGUCGAGGACAAGGAUAUGGGCCCUCUGGUCCGCACCACAAUGACGCGCUGCAUUCACUGCACACGCUGCGUGCGCUUCAUGAACGAGGUCGCCGGUACCGGCGAUCUGGGAACCACUGGCCGCGGUAACGACAUGCAGAUCGGCACCUAUGUGCACAACCCACUCAACUCGGAGCUGUCCGGCAACAUCAUUGACCUGUGCCCGGUCGGUGCCCUGACAUCUAAGCCGUACUCGUUCCAUGCGCGUCCCUGGGAGCUGAAGAACACCGAGAGCAUCGACGUCAUGGAUGCUCUGGGCUCGAACAUCCGUGUGGACUCGCGCGGUGAGGAGGUCAUGCGCAUCAUCCCGCGCACCAACGACGAAAUCAACGAGGAGUGGAUCUCGGACAAGGCCCGGUUCGUGUUUGACGGCCUCAAGCGUCAGCGUCUAACCACCCCGCUGGUUCGUGACGGCGAUAAGUUUGUUGCUGCUACGUGGACUGACGCCCUGCAGAUUGUGGCCGAGAAGCUCAAUGCCACUUCCCCCGAGCAGAUCCGCGCAAUUGCUGGCGAUUUGGCCGAUGCCGAGUCGAUGGUUGCGCUCAAGGACCUGUUCAACGCCGCCGGCUCUGAGAACCUGUCGGUUGACUCGCUCAACAACACCAAGGCGCCUGCGUUUGACGUCGAUGUGCGCUCCAACUACACGUUCAACACGACUAUUGCUGGUGUUGAGGAGGCCGACGCUGUGCUGUUCAUCGGCACCAACCCGCGCCAUGAGGCUCCCGUGCUGAAUGCCCGCCUGCGCAAGCCUUCGGUCCUCAUUGGCAAGCCCGUCAACCUGACCUACGACUACACUCACGUGGGCGAGUCCCCCAGCGCCAUCGAGGAUCUGGUCCAGGGCAAGCACGACUUUGUCAAGGUGCUGAAGGAGGCCAAGCGCCCGAUGGUCAUUGUCGGCGGAGCGAUCGGCGAGCUUGGCAACGGCAAGGACAUUCUGGCCGCCGUCGCGCGUCUGGCUGACACCGUACCGUCGCUUGUCACCGAGGAGUGGAACGGGCUCAACGUGCUGCAUCGUCGCAGAGGCCCGUCCAAGUUCAUCUACCUGCUGGGCGCCGAUGAGGUUAACCCGGCAGAGAUCCCGCAAGACGCCUUUGUCGUGUACCAGGGUCACCACGGUGAUGCCGGUGCUCAUCUGGCCGACGUCAUUUUGCCCGCUGCUGCCUACACUGAGAAAUCUGCCACCUUUGUCAACACCGAGGGCCGUGCCCAGCAGACCCGCCAGGCUGUCGGUACCCCUGGCGCCGCCCGCGAGGACUGGAAGAUUGUGCGUGCGCUGUCCGAGGUUGCCGGACUCACUCUGCCCUACGAUGACGUUGCGACCCUGCACGCACGUAUGGGCGAUAUCAGCCCGUCGCUGGUCAACGUUGGCGAGCUCGAUCAUACCUCGCGCGAUAUUGCGCAGCUGGGUUUGACCCAGUGGAAGGAGGGCGCCGGAAAGAACCUGACUACUUACAUGACGGAUGCUAUUUCCAGAGCCUCGCGCACCAUGGCCAGGUCCUCGGCCACGUUCACCAAGAACAGCAAGAACGCUGCCGAGCAUUCUUCGGGUGCCCAGGCCACGGCGUAAACAGUGAGGAUCCAGUGCUUUGGGUUCGAUACUACCCCCUCGUCUAUUACUUUCAUUUUUCUCUUUUUCUCUCAGAAAUACAACUCCCAACAACA